AUGGUUCGGUCUUCAUCUUUGAGUAAUGAAUAUGAAUUAGAGACGACCACAUGCUAUUAUCCUCCAGACAACAUGGGUCCGUCUUACCUCUCUUCGUCUCUAAAUCAACGAGCUACCACUAAAACGAAACAGUCGUCAAAGUUACUGAAAUUUAUCGUUCCAAUUUUCUGCGGAGUAGUGGUGAUCAUUAUCAUUGUGGUGAUCGCUUUGCAUGCUAAAUCAAGCGACGGCUCUUCAACCUCUGGUGAGGGUGAUGGGAACGCCGCUUCAUCUUUGUCUUCCACUCUAUCAUCGUCCUGCGCUCGUGUCGACCUAAAGGACCGAACUGUGGCGUUCUGGCAAAGUGAAAUUGCUGGAUGUGAUACCGUUCCGGAAGGGGUUACGCACUUUGUCUUUGGUUUUGCACUUGUUAUGGAAGGUAUCAUCGUGCCUACUUUCCAGUCUUUUUCCGACGACGUUAUCGUUCAAUGUGUGGAGAAACUCCGAGAACGAUGUAUUUUUUCGUUGGCAAGUGUUGGUGGAUCGACCAAUAACGAAAACAUAACGGAAAUUGCAAACGCGACUUUGUUUGCAGAAUCUGCAGUGGCUUUACUGACCAAGUUCAGGUUUGAUGGAUUGGACUUAGAUGACGAGACAGUCGGAGCACAAUUCAGCGCGGACCGAACGGUCGGAUUGCUGAAAGCUACACGUGAAGCGUUGGAUGCAGCUGGUAACACGUCGGCGUUGCUGACCUAUGACGCUUAUUUCACUGAAGGAGACACGUCGGUAUGCACCGCAGCGGAGUCAGCAGCAUACUCGAGGUGCUUUCCGACUGAAGUUCUCGAAUAUGUGGAUUGGGUCAACAUCAUGGCAUACAACAUUGACAAGGAUAAUGACACUGCUGCGGCCAUUUAUGCUGCAGCUGUGAACACUACUUUUGCUGCGUGGGGUACUCAACUAGGCGGAAAUUUUUCAUUAGCUACAAUCGGUUUAUGUGUAGAGGGAGGGUGUGCUUAUGGUCCUGGACCGAAUGCUACCGUGAUUGCUGAAUGGAAAGAAUUUGCUCGUCAAGACGGGCAUGGAGGCAUGAUGAUUUACGCUGCAUCGACGGAGGUGGCCGAGGAUUUUCCAGUUACUAGAAGUAUCAUCAGUACGACGUAA